CGACACACGAGGAUAUAAGGUUUGUCUCGCUCAGCUCCGCUUGAGGGGCGGAAUGAUCGGAAACAAAAGAUAGACAUGUUUUCAACCUACUGCAGCUGGGUUUUGGACCUCGUUGAUUUGACCCACUGCGUCCACUAUACAUGAUAGCAUGUCCACCUUCCCCUAUCUGGGGACAGGCGAACAGACGCCAUUACUCGGUCCACAAUCUGCCAUCUCCUCAAAACAGCUGAUCGAGACCAAAGUGUAUCCGUUGAUACACCUCAUAAGGACAGACAUCAUCUCGCAUAUCGACACGCCAUUGACCUAUGAGCAACUUCAUGCGCCUGAUUCGACAUACACCAUCGUCAGACCUCUGACGGAGAAGUAUCUCGAACUACAGAACCAAUCAAUCAUCUUCUGCCUACUCCUCAACAAGAUACAAUUCACUCGCGAUUCCGCCCAACUGUCAAUCAGUACGCUCUCCACCUCUCGUGCGACUCUAUGUGAAGUGCUGGCCAUACGGGUGUUGCGUGGAUGGUCGGAACGAACUCUGCCUCUCGCGACAGUCCUGCUGACACCUUGGGCACUAUAUCAAGGUGCCUCGCCCGAAGUCAUUGCGAGAGCCAAAGAAGAAGGAGACGAUGAUAUACUGAAUCAAAAUGGAGCUGCACUCGAGAUGGCGAUCAUUAGCUAUUCUAAGCGGUUCAUCCGGAGUCCAUCAUGCCAGAAAGUCAUUGAGGGAAUCUGGUCCGGGAGAAUCAUAUACUCCGGUGUCAACUCGCAUGCCCUGAUCGCGGACAAUUACAAGAAGAAGCCGAUCCAAAUGUACAACCCCCAUAAAGCUCCGCUACUCGAUCACUAUCGGCUCAAAGUCCCCAAGGUCCGAUCGUUUCUCGAGUACACAAAUUUCUUGAUCCUCUUCAUCCUGUAUGUCGUCGCUGUCGAGGGACUAGAAGAGGACCGGAUGAACAAGAAAGAGGCGAUAUUCAUCAUUUAUGCGCUUGCAUACUCGCUUGACAAGCUCGCGACGAUCAGAGAACACGGCUUGGGAGUGUUCAGCAGCUCCCUGGUCAAUGGUUUCGAUCUCGUCCUCAUGCUCAUUUACGCCAUCUAUCUCGGAGCUAGAAUGUACGGCUUUCAUUACCAUAACGCCGAAGCUCUCACCCUCGGUCAAGAUUGGCUGGCUAUUGGCGCAGUCAUGAUCUUUCCUCGUCUCGCCUUUGUCACCCUCGCCAACAAUCUCAUGGUCCUGAGCAUCCGGUCCAUGCUAGUCGAGUUCUUCUUCCUCAUGGCCAUAGGAAUCUUUUGCUUCCUUGGGUUCUUAUAUGCCUUGUUCACGCUUGGACAAGGAAGAUUCGAGCUGUCCCAGAUCGGCUGGUGGCUCUUGGAAGUCUACUUUGGUCUAGAUGCUUCUGGAUUCGAGACCUCACAUGACUUGCAUCCGUUCCUUGGUCCAGUGCUCAUGGUCACCUAUGCCUUGCUAUCCAAUACGCUGCUUUUAACGGUCCUUGUGGCCAUCCUGGGGAACACUUUCGCAACCAUCAAUCAAGACGCCGCCGCAGAGUCCAUGUUCCGUAAGGCUGUCUCUACACUUGAGGGCGUCAAGGCGGAUGCCGUAUUCAGUUACCAACUACCCUUCAACCUCGUAGCUGUCGUCUUCAUGUGGCCAAUGAGCUAUAUCCUCAAUCCUAGAUGGUUUCACAAGCUGAAUGUGGCUAUGAUUCGCCUGUCCAAUUUCCCCGUCCUUAUCGUCAUUGCACUGUACGAGCGGCAACAAUAUCGCGAAACGACACUGAUGGAAACCGUCACCGACUUUAUCGAAAAAUAUGUCGGUAGUAUUCCUCGACGGAUCAAACAGGCUGCUGGAUUUGAAAACUUUGGAUCCAGGCACGACAUCAGUCUCUUGUUUGAGAUUGAGCGCGAAGUUGGCACGUUCUACCGGGAUUCUGAAGAGGACGAAGGAGACGACGUGCAACUCCCGCCCGCCUUCUCAGAUGAUGAAGCUCAAGCGGGCAACAUCAUCGAUCAUGCUCCCUUCACCGCCUCUCCAAGUAAGACCUCAUUCUCACCUGCUAAGCCUCCCUCCGCUGGUCCAGUCGCGCCUCUCUCUCCUGUCGCUAUGGCUGGCCCGUCACAUCGUCGACGCAAUUCGUCCAUCUAUGAGCCAUCGCCUCUUGCGCGAUUGUUCGUUGCAGCGCCGGAUGGCGCUCAGGAUAUUCGACCUCGUCGGCAGAGUAUGCGGGCGCCAGCAGUCGGCUCGCUUCCGAAUACAAGCAGCGCCGCCAUGGUCACCUCCUACUCUAUCUCGCCGUCGCAAUCUGGUGGCAUGUCGCGGCGCCAACAGCAGCAGGCUCAGCAAGCGCCACAGACCGCGCAUCUCCACGUGCCCCACGGACCCCAUCUCGCAUCGUCUCUCGGCCCCUCGCGGGUCGGUCCUCCCCCUCCUUCUAUCCCCACCAUUCAAGAGUCCAAUCCUUCCACCCCUGCGGCGUCUCCCAAACGGGCACCUGGCUCUCUCGGCGUCCCGUUCCCCUCGGCAGGGGGUAAAGCCAGCGAUAUAGUUGCCAAGGCAUCCGACGUUGAUCGGAUUGAAGAGGCAGGCGGGGUCCUGGAGCAAAAGCUAGAGCAGAUGGACCAGAGGCAAAAGCGAAUGGAAGACAUGUUGAGUCAUUUGAUCGACCAGGUCGAUCGGAAACGUACACGUAACGCAAGUUCAAGUUCAACUCGGACGCGACCGCCGAGCCAGUGAAUAUACAUGCCGUCUACAUAUAUAGUGUAAUGUACUGAGCCCGAGUCAAGUUGUUUCCACGCGUCCACGCCCUCUUGGAGGAACGAAACGUAGGCUGAAACAUCUCCGGCUUAUAUCAAGGUCAGUCUUCGUGAAAGAGACUCGAUUUUCCCCCAUUUGUGUGGAUCAGGGUACCGCAACCUCUAUAGAAGAAAGAGAGGAGCAGGGGAGGCGAGAGAUGCAAUACUGCUCGACCUUGACCGGGGGAUGGGAAGGAGGGCGGGGGGGGGGG